UUUUAAAGAUGUUGAUUAGGUCUCUUCUCAGCCGGAGGUUUAUGCACUCAUCAAGACUAAUAUUCACUACUCCAAUUAGGCAAAAUAGCAUCAGGAUAAAGAUGAAAGGAUUAAGAGUCGCUACAGGUUCUCCUCUCAAAGAAUGCAAAAUAGCUCUUGAUAAAUUUGGAGGGGAUAUCAAUCAAGCCAAGAUUUGGCUGAGAGAGCAACAAGCUCCUGCUGUUGAAGAGAAAGUCGAGCCUCCAACACUUUACGGGCAAAUCGGCAUUAAACUCAUCAAUGAUAACAAGACUGCAGUUGUACUUGAGGUUAAUUGCGAGACAGACUUUCUUGCUAGAACUAAAAUCUUCAAAGAUGGAGUAGCAGCUUACUUCGAUACUCUUAUCAACGCUAAUGACUUGGAAAUCCCAUUAGCAGUAGAUGAGCAGGAUGAAUUUGAUGCUAAGAAAAAGUUCUUAAGCUCUACCUUAGAAAAAUCCCUUGAUAGUGAGAUCCAAGAAAUGACUGGCAAAGACGGAAUCACAUAUCUCACAAAGAAAACCCAAGAAAAUAUCAAGCUUGGAAAGAUGAUGAGACAGACAGCCACUGAGAGACAAACAUGGGGACAUUAUCUUCAUUUAAGCCAUGGGACUGGUCUUUGUCAACUAGGUUCUCUUGUCCUCUUGGAAUCAGAUGAUCCUGACCUAGAUCUCUCCUUCCUUGCCGAGACUCUUGCAUUACAUGUGGUUGCUACGAGGCCAUCUUAUAUUUCCCAAGCUGAUGCUGAUGCUAGUGGGCUUAAAUACACUGAGGAAGAGAUUCUUCUCAACCAGGGAUUCAUCUCGCCUGAUAAUGAUGAAAACCUCACUGUUGAGGCCUGACUGGCUCAACUUUGUGACGAAAAGGGUGCUGAAAUUUCCAUCAAAGAUUUUAAAGUCUUUUCAUGCGUGUAACCAUGCAAUUUUAUGA